AUUCCUAUUGAUCUUCAAACUUCCAAGGAAAAUGCCCUAUAUUGUUUGAACUUCUUUUCAUUAUUUCUAUAUUCUACUGUUCAACAGGUAAAAGCUGUUGCAGAGGAGUUGGGAAUUGGGUUUUUAGGGAUUGGUUUCCAGCCCAAAUGGGGGCUGAAAGAUAUACCUAUAAUGCCAAAGGGAAGGUAUGAGAUUAUGAGGAAAUACAUGCCCAAAGUUGGCUCUCUGGGACUUGAUAUGAUGUUUAGGACAUGUACUGUUCAGGUUAAUCUGGACUUCAGUUCUGAGUCAGACAUGAUCAGGAAA